CGACUAUCCCUGACAUUUCCAAGAGACAAGCUGUUUUCUCAUACGCCCUCUACAUCAAUUGACUCUAUUCAAUCAUUAUCACCAACCUCCACAACAGGAGAGAAAGAGUUACCGACAAACGGAACACUAAAAUCGGUUGAACGUCGUCAAUCACUCCCCUCAGACGAGACAUUCAUUCUUGCGGUAAUAGGAAAACCUAAUGUCGGCAAGUCAACAAUAACAUGCACCGGACUUCGCAAUCUUGCCCCAAUAAAAAAUGUCGGCGUAGAACAGAGCAUACUAAAAACCCCAAGCUUUAUAUCAGAAAUCGAAGUGGACGAUCAUUUAUAUCCUGUCGAAGUCAUGGAAUUAAGAGAAGAUGUCUUUGACAUGCGCUCAGAAAUAGAAUGGCCACGAGACCUUCCCGAAAUCGAUGGAGUCCUGGUAUGUUACGAUUGCGAAAACCGAGACACAAUAGCAAACAUAGCCUGGCUAUUGAGCGCCUUUAGAGAAUUCGAAGUUCCUGCAAUCCUCGUAGCCACAAAAUCAGAAUCGCCAAACCGUCGAGUGGACACUGCGCACGGCACAAAGCUGGGCGGUUUAUUCAACGUGGGUUUUGUCGAACUCGACGCAACAAAUCCUCAGAGUGCAGAAAAGAUACACGACGUAUUCUCUAUGCUCCUUCGUCUGGCCAUCCGACGCCGAGAAUUCCAAAGACAACGUGCGGACAAGAGACAGCGAAGUGAUAGCCAUGAAAUAUCCAUAAGCGAGUUGGACAUUAUCCCAUUUUACAAACACAAGAGAACAAGUAGCGACGUUAGUCAUAAUAACCACACAAGAAAGAAGAAGGAAUUAGGAAAGGAACUUAGCAGAUCUUGGAGAUCAACUUGGCGUCACAACAGUAACAACAAAUCAUCUUGUUUAUCAACGAAAUAUGCGAGCGACGACGAGUCGACGGCAAGAGUUGCCACAAGCUCUUUGUCGAGAUCUCUUCCUCGCUUUAUUGCGAAACCACCUGAAAUUUCCAUCACUCCACCUCAAUCACCGUCAAGAUCGCCUCCAACAUCAGCUCACACGUCCCCAACAAAUCGCAUCUCUCAUCCUCAUCGACGAGCAUUGUUACCGUACUCUACUCUUUUGCAAGUGAAAGAAAUGGACGAAGAAACGUCGCAAAAAGACACUCAAUCAACCGAAUCACGAAUGUCGACCGAUUCCUCCUUUUCAAUCGCAAGUGACUGCUCGGCGAACUGGGAUUGCAUGUUCCAAAUGGACCCAGUGGACAAAUCACGUCGUUCGAAUAAUAAUAGUCAAGAGUGUGCAUUGGCGAUCGAUGAAUUGAUCGAAAGGUUGACUUGUGGCGGGGAAUACGGAACGCACGAAGACCCGUUUGUCAUCACCUUUUUCUGUGUCUAUAGAACUUUUAUGAGACCAAGAGAGGUUUUGGAAAAGUUAAUUGAAAAGUACGAGAAUAGUGGAAAUGCCGGUAGCGAAAGAGGAAACCCUGCACAACAAAA